GAUCCUAACCUCGUUUCUGUCAAAAACAUCUGUCAAAAAUACUAAUAAAAGGAACUUAAUUUCUGUAAUAAUCUUGAAUGAAAAAUGGAUUAUAAUAACUCCAAUUCCAAUUACGGCCAAAUCCAUCCGAUCUCCAAUAACUCGUCAUUGAUGAUGCCAAAUCGGUUCGUUUAUGUGAAUCAAAACUUCCAGAAACCCUGCGUUGUUUUGGUGAAUCCAAAUUUCAAGAAAACCGUUCAUAUUAAUCCGAAUUUUAAAGGAACGAUACAUGUCAAUCCAAAUAUUAUUAAAUUGCAAAAUAAACCAAUUUCGAAUGAUGAUUAUAACAAUAAAGUUUUAUCUGUUGAAAGAUUGGGAAUUAAUUUAAAUGAAAAUAAAGAUGCGAAAUUAAGUGUUAAAACUGUGAAGAGUCCUUUAAAAGAACGUAGGAAAUCUUUGCAUACGAAAUAUAAAAUUGUUCAUCAAGCGCAUAAAAUAGAUGAGUGGAAAAAAAUUGGAAUUAAAAGCAAAUAUAAGAUUGAUAAAAGAGUUGAUGUUGGUGAUAAAAAGAAGAUUAUAAGAACAAGAUAUAAAUUAUCAAAUUUGGGCGAUGGGGUUAAAAAGAGUAAUAAAUUCGUGAAUAUUAGUGGGGUUUUGUAUAAAAAAACACCAAAUGUACUUAAAAAGGCUAAUUUAAGUUUGAGUGAAUCUCCUGCAAAGAAAAAAUUAAAAGUUUUUAAGCGUAAUGGAAGAAUAUAUAAAUUGAGUAAUACAAGUUUGGAUUUGAGUAAACGAUUGAGCUUAAAUAAAAAAAAAUUAUUGUUGAGUCAAACAAGAAACUUUAAUAAACAAAUUUUUAUGAGUAAAAUGAAAAAAUGUAACAUUCCAUGUCCAAUUUAUCGAAAAUUUGGUAUAUGUUAUGGAAAAGAUAAAGGGAAAUGUUUUAGAGCGCAUAAUCCCCAUCAAAUUGAUUUAUGCACCAAAUUUUUACAAGGAGCCUGUUUAAAAAAGAAUUGCUUAUUAUCACAUAAAGUAUCCCCCGAAAAAAUGCCAACUUGUAAAUAUUAUUUGGAAGGAUUGUGUACUCGAGAAGAUUGCCCAUAUUUACACGUAAAAAUUAAUCCUAAGGCUGAUAUUUGUAACGAUUUUUUGGAAGGAUUUUGUAAAAAAGCUAAAGAGUGCGAUAAACGUCACCAAUUUUUGUGUCCAAAUUUCGAAAAAACCAGAAAAUGUCCCAAGAAACACUGCCAAUAUCCUCACGGAAAUUCGGUAAGGAAAUUCACGUUUAAGGCGAAAGUUGCAAAAAAGAACAUAAAAGUACUUAAAGCGAAAAUAGAUAAAAUUAAAAAUAAAUGUAAAAGAGAAAUUGAAGAAAAAGAUGUUGAUAAUGAUUGUAAAGGAAAAGGGGUGGUGAGAUAUUUUAUUGAUACCGAUGGCGAUCAAGAUCUUUUAAAAGAGGCUGAAAAUGUUGUUGAAGUCGGGGAUGUGGAUUUGGAUGCUUCCGAUGUUGUUUAUAAAAGAAAAAGUUUGGGUGAAUUACCCUCUUUUAUACCAUUGGGAGAAUAAAAAAUCAUUUUUACUUUUUGCAACUUUCAGCCAUUUUUUUUUUAAACUAAUUUAUAAUGUAAAA